CGUUAAAAGAGGAAAUAGAUAGAACUGCGGCAAUCGCUGCAGAUCAACAUCAGAGCAAUAGUAACAGGAAUAAAAAGAAUGCUACGCAGACAUGCGAUAGGAACAAAAAGACAACGCAAGUUGAUUUUCAAGUUGGGGGAGGUCAGCAGAACGCGAAAUCUUCUGCUGAUAACAAAGAUAAGAUAGAGUCUCUGGCAAGAGACCCUAAUGAAGUGGUCUGCUUCAAUUGUGAUCAACCAGGACAUUAUCGGAAAGGUUGCGCGGCCCCUAGAAGGCUCCGUUGCUACAAAUGCAAGACUGUGGGCUAUACGACUCGGGAUUGUCCAAAGGGUUCGGGAAAUGCCGGGGAGAAGCAGUAA